AUGCUCGGUCCUCUCGUCGGCGCAAGCAUGCUCAUCGUAGCCACCACCGUCUUUCUCUACUACACCAUCUGGACGCUGGUUAUGGUACAUUUUCCGCCAUUGCCUAUCUCUAUCUUCUCCAAGCCUCUAACGCUCUACCCGCACAGCNCAUUCGUCGACUCGUCGCACCCCUCCCAGUCGCUCUUCCNNCCCCCUCGUGUCUGGGCAAUUCGUCUCCCUGUUAUCCUCAUCUUGGUCGGAGGUGCUGUUGUCGGCUCUUUCCUGUCCCUGAUCAUGAUCAAAAGCAACCGUCAAAAGGCUCUCAAGGCUCAGAAAGCAAAGGCAAAGUAG